CGUCAAUUCCUGCCAUUUACAAACACAAAAAUACACCAUUACUCAAGAAAAAGACCGAUAGGCACCACAAGCACUUUAUGGUGAAGAAUCAGAAGUUCGGUGACUCUCAUCAGUUGGGUUGUGUACGGAGUUAAGGUGGAAAAAAAUGACGGGAAAGAAAAUUGAAGGUUUUGGUGAAGAACUAGAGAAAAUUGAGUAUAGCUCCUUUUUCGAAUGGCUUGUCAGCUUUGAAGAUCCAGUUAAUCUCUAUCGAGCUCAUCCAUCCUACUCUUACUGUCAAGCAAUUUUUCUCCUGGGAGCUGCUAUAAUAUCCCUUCAUUGCACAUGGAAAGGUGGAAGAUGGCCUUUUCUUUUUGCCGCUGCCAUCGGUCAGGGUCUUACAGUGGAAUUAGCAUCCUACUGGAUUCCACACAUUGAUAACUUUUGGCAAAGUUUAACUCCAGUCAUGUUCUUUGGUCACAGACUUCCACUCUACAUUAUCUUUCUCUAUCCCGUUUUCUAUUAUCACUCCUCGUGGGCAGUGUCCAAAUUGAAGCUACGAUGUGGUCUCGUUGAACACCUUGCCGUUGGAGUCUUGACGGUCCUAAUUGAUCUUCCAUACGACAUAAUUGGUGCAAAAUUCGUUCACUGGAUCUGGCACGAUACAGAUCCUAACAUUGCAGACAGACACUACUGGGUUCCUUGGAAUUCCUACUACUUCCACGCAUCUUUUGCUGCUUUUUGGUCGUUCAUUUUUCAUUCAUCUCGGAAAUUAUUCUCCGGAGGCAAAACUCCCUUAAAUAAAUGGGAGGCAGGUCCUAUCAAGGCAGAAAUUGCCUCUGUGAUUUUGGCAUCUCUUCUUGGAAUGCCUGGUGGGUGCCUCUUCUUCCUCAUCCUUUACCAUCCUUUCCACGAUGUCUUCGGUGUUCACUCGGAAGUAACCACCGUUACACUUCUUGUAACUUUCAUUGUGAUUAUAUGGAAGUUUGACAGGAAUUCUCUCAGGAGUGGCAUAGUGGAGAAAAUGAAGAUUCUCGAUUGGGCCCUGAUUGUGCAUUUAAUCCUACACUACCUUACUUUUCUGGGUACAGCAAUUUUCUUCAAUCCAGAAGAGCAAAUCAUCAUUGGGUUGCACGAGCCUAUUGGAGAUUGCAAAUCAACCGUUCCAGUUGAGACGCUCCUCAAGACACUGACAAAGAAACAAUUCCUCUGUGCAACUAAUUACGAUGAGAAAUAUUAUGACUUCCAUUGCCUGCCCGGAAAGAAGGUGCCUAAAGAUGGGAGUGUGUGGUAUACUGUAUGUGGAACUCCGUUCGAGAAUCGUGUUGAAUACAUCUUGGUACUCUCUUUGAUAGCAUUCGUUGCCUUUAUCGUGUUUUCUUCCAUUCACUUCGAUGGGAAGCAACAGGUGGCCACAGUCAAUACAUCGAUGAAAUCAUCUCGAGAUACGAAGAAGAAAACCAAAGUCCAGUAAUAAACGAAAUGUACUUACAUUUACUGGGCAUUAAAUAUAAAAAUGUACCCAGAAACA